GGCUAGCACGGCUCUCUCUCUUUCAGUUCACGAAUUGAGCACCGACGUCUCUGAAGAAUUGCCAAGAAGAGAAGCUGUGGCGCGCCUACCAGGACGGCCACCACAACAGCAACAGAACGUUCCCGAAUUCUUGCAACCCUGUUCCGACUUCCACGAAAAGCGCAAUCAAGCCAGGCAGAAGCUAUCGUCGCUCAAAGCAUCACGCUUCAAGGAUCUGGGGACCGUGGUCGUUUACGAACGAGAGAGACGAUUUCAAGGUAGCCAUAAGAAUCAUCGGAAAUGGCUUGGACGCUUGUGACACCAUCCUCCAGAGGCAUUGGGUUUGCAUUAACCCGUCACCUUCUUCGGACGUUACCACCGGCCAUUCCCAUUGUCGCGACCGCACGUUCUGAUCUGCCGGGCACGAAGGAGAAGCUUCUCUCAUCCCUGAACCUGGCAGAAUCGCAGGCAUCUCGACUCGAUCUGCAAGAAUGUGAUGUGCUGUCGGAAUCCUCGAUCUCGAAUCUGGCCGCAUAUUGCAAGGAACGGUACAAUGAUCGAAGUCAGAAUAAGGGAGCACAUCUACGAUUGGCGUUCAUGACUCCCGGCAUGUUGAUGCCAGAAAGGGCACCGGACAAGAUCGAGUACGAAUCGGCAUUGGAAACGCUCAAGCUGAAUCUUUUGGCACCAAUGAUGCUGGUCAAACAUUUCUCGGGCUUUGUCCCGCGAAAAUCGACCAAGCUCGAGGGAGUCGAGGGUCUACCUGCCUCUGCAGUGCUGGCACUGAUGAGCGCGAGAGUAGGGUCGAUCGGUGACAAUCGUCUAGGCGGUUGGUAUAGUUAUCGAAGUUCGAAGAGCGGAGUCAACCAGUUGGUCAAAUCGACGGAUAUUCAUCUGAAAAUGCAAUCCGGGCCUAACGCCAUGUGUGUGGGAUUGCAUCCUGGCACUGUUCGAACCGAUCUCAGCAAGGAAUUUUGGAACAACACUCCCAAAGAGAAGCUGUUCAGUCCAGAAUUUUCUGCUGAGAAACUGAUUGAAGUUGUGAAUGGCCUGAACGAGGACAGUCGAGGAAGAUGUUGGGAUUGGGCAGGCAAAGAGAUCCCCCCAUAACUGCAGCC